AUGUGUUCUAUAGCGAUACCAGCUGAAUUGCUUCUGGGGCAUAGUCCUCCAGUGUAUAGUUCGCUGCUAUACAGUCCCUUGGUGGUAACGGCACCGACGAUUACUAGCAGGUCGGUACCACCCAGAAUAAGGCCAUGCCUGUCAUCUGGUUCCUUGGCCAUAAACAGCAUUCGAAACAGUAAUGAUGGCAGUAAUAAACAAAAGAAAAAAGUAGUGUUUGCCGAUGAUCGUGGCCGUCCUCUUACUCAGGUACGUGUGAUGUCGGAACCCAGUAAUGUACCACCUUUGUGGAGCACAGCUUACCUGGCUGGAUUAACAGGACGACUUUUAAAUUCGAAAAUUGAGAAUGAUCAAUCUAUAGAACUCGUGUCACCUUGGCAAGUAACUUUCCCUCAACCGGCGAGCGAUUAUUUAGCCUUCCGUCAGAAACUUGAUCAGGAGAAUGUCAGCUUGGAAAACGUGAUAGUGAAAGAAUCGGAACAGUGUCUAGUAGGUACCAUCAAGGUACGUAAUCUGGCGUAUGACAAGGAAGUCGUGGUCAGGGUGAGCAACGAUUCUUGGAAGACACACGAGGACGUUCAUUGCACUUAUGUUGAACUACCGGGUUCUCCGGCCCUGAUUCUUUACGAUACCUUCCGCUUUCGAUUAACUCUACCAUUGAAAUCAAACGUGAUAGAAUUCUGUGUACGAUAUCGAACCGAUGGAAAAGAAUAUUGGGACAACAACGAGGGAAAGAAUUUUAUCCCACGAGCACCACCCAAACGGUACGAUAUUCUGACAACGUGCGAUGGCUUUUCGAAGAAUAAUAACCGAGAUAGUAUACCACGAAUCACAGAUGCAACAAAAGCGAACGUACGCACGUGGAGCGAGUUCGCAUCCUGGCAGCAUCUUGCGAAUGAUGCUCCAUACUGCGUAUAUAAGUGUGGACAUCAAGAUCAAGAGAACGCAGAAAAGAGCAAUGAUAAAAGAAGGGAAGCGAUGGACUGUGAUUAA